CCUGGGGGAAACCUCUAUACACAACAAGACGCUCCAAAAAUUAGACAACGCUGCACGGAUUUGACUGGUUUUCGAGCCAUCUAUUCGGUGAAUGACCAAAAACUUAAAAUGAAAUCUUCUAUAUAGCAACGUCGUUCAGUUGCAGUCCAUGGUUCUUCCUAAAUAGCUUGCAUUAUACACUGCAUAUUGAGGAACAAUGCCGCUACCAACAAAGAUUCCUCGCGGUGGAAAGGCCAGAAGUCAACAUACUGGCCGUGUAUUUGCAAAUCGUUACCGGGUAGAGAAACGACUUGGUAGCGGCAGCUUUGGAACCGUUUUUCUGGUGGAAGAUACGAUGAGUAAAGGCGAAUGGUGAGUUGUUGUCCAUGAUCGAGGCUGUUGCCUUCAAACGAAGGUUUGUUGGCUUCCCAGCAGCUAGGCACGAGCCUUGACACAACUCCCACCCCCUGUGAAGUAGUGUAAGUGUAUCACCCUACCUCUGGUAGACCAGGGCAACUCCUGUUAGAGGUUCUGCAAUAUUUGAUCCUGCAAAGUGAGUGAAUUAUGGUUCCGUCUAUUCCAAGUAUUCCCAUCUUCCCGGGCUCGCCUCCAGGCAUCUGUCUGGCUUAUGAUAUUCCUUCUUUGGAAAGCUGCAAAUGCUGCACUUAUAGGCUUUUGUUUUCGUAUUACCAUAGACGUUUCUUUUUAUAUGUGCUAGAAAUAUGAAAUUUAAUUUUAUGACAAUUGAACCCUCUGCUGGGGUAGCUUAAUGUCAAAAGUUGUUCAGACUGUUUUGCUUCUUGAUUAGAAAUCUGAAAACACAAGACAAUCUCGGGGAGACAGUCACUGUCUUGUUGUUUAGAGGCUUUGCUAUUGAUUAAGUUAAACCUCCCACAAUCAGAUGCACCAAUUAUAUUUAAAUAAUGUACACAAUAUAAAUGUUCGGCCUGAGUUAAGUAUCAUUAUUAUCACUACACGUGGCCAACUAACAAAAUGCCCCCUCUAAAAUGCUCCUUUUUGCGGGCCAAAUGGCAAAGAGCAGGCUGUAAAUGGAAUUUGCAACCUACAACAUGAUUUCCUCUUAAACAAUCUUUCCUUAUGAAAUAAAUUUGUGCGAUUUGGCCUUGUGUAUUGAUAAUAAUGAUAAUAACAUGACUUUUGUCAGGCAUAUAGUUUAUUUGUGUCCCUCAUAGCAUCAUUUGCACCCCCACAACGUUUGAGCGUAAAUGAUGCUACUUAUGUCACAAAUAAAUUAUAUGCCUGACAAAAGUCACAUGAUUGUCCUAUUCCCACUUGAUAGAAUAUCAUAAACUGCUGCUUAUAAGCUCUGGUAGUGAGGGUCCUUUGGAGGGCUCAUAAUAAAUCAAAUUCAUUUUGAUACCAGCUAGAAGGAAGCUUAUAUCUGGGAAGACUUUUGUUUACAGCUGGAUGGGCCUAUAACUCGGGGGGUGGGGAGGGGCUUAUACAUGUAAGUGACGGGGUUUAUAAGCGCCAGCCUAUGGUAUUUUUUUUAUCUCCAGCUGCAGCUGCUCUAGGGGGCUCAAGUGAGUUAUUUCCUAGUUAUAAUAUUAAUUAUUAAAUUGACUGAUUUAAGUAAAAUGUGAUUGCAGCCAUGUAUUUUGGUUCUUAAAUGAGUUUUAAGCAGUUAUGCAAAUCAUGCAAGAACAAUAGAUUUUUAUAACUUGGUUAGGUUUAUUUCAACCACCUAAAGGGUUGUUUAGUGCAGGUUAAUACUAUCAAUCAAUUGAUCAUCCCUGCCUCUACAUGACAAUUUUCCAAAAUUAGGCUUUAUCAUAUUUAUAGUAAGCACUACAUUUUUGAAAAAUACUUUGUUCUGUCAUUCUCAAAUUCAGCUUUUUUUCCUUUAAGGACGGUGCCCACUAUUGUCACUGCGCAAAUUUUCUGCGCAUGCCAAGGUAGUCGAGCGCGACGCGAAAGAAAUGUGCAACACGCAGGACACACGGACUGGUUUUGUCUCCUGGAAGUCUGGGAGGUUUGAGUUAUUUUUUGUGGAAAAGAUGUGUCGUUUUUCAACAGAUGAAAAAUCAUUUCUAUUUACCUUGUCAGUUCAUUGAAAACCGAAGAAGUAUGCACGUGUUGCUAUUUCUAUGUAUGAUCGAUCUGACCGAACAUUUCAAACAAAAGUCAAUUCUAAAACAUCAAAAAUUAUUGCGUCAAGAUGUUACACUUGGAGCUUGGGUUUUAAAAAACCCUUAAUAGGCAAGGAUCAGUAAAUCAGAAGGAAAAUAGCUCUAAGUCCUCCGCUUAAUCGAGAAACUGCAAGCUUACCUUUCACUCGUGUCCUUCGCGUUUUAUCGGCUAAUCGGCUAUAAACACUUUCCCGAAUAUUUCUUUAAUUUUGUAAGAUUUUAUGUAAUUAUUCACCAGAAGAUAGAUUUAAAGUGUUUGAGUACAUACAGAUGUACCUUUUAUUGAGAGUUGGCGGCUUUUAUUUGUUGAACAAACAAGAAAAAACUAUCACAAGAUUGUUUGGAUUGCUGAGAUUGCAGCUUCACAAAUAGUUGCGGACCGCAAAGGAAACACUUUCAGUGUGGAAAAAAUAAAAAACAUUUUUAUGCUUUUUGAGCUAUUUUGAAAAAAUAGCUCAUAUGUCAGUGGUGUGAGCGUAUGUAUCUUUGUGGCUUUGUAUCUUUGUAUGUUGGGAUGUUUGUUGCAAGAGCGAAUAAGGUUGAAGGUACUAUGAGUUGAUGCUUAGGAACCAAUGAGAUUAUGGCAUCUAUUUAAACAUGGCAUUGGUAAAGGUCGAACAAGGGCACUUUGAGACCGCCAUCUUGAUUCUUCACAAUUUUUUUGUCUUUUAUUACGGCUACGGGUGUUUGGAAGAAUUACAUUGAAUAUCUUCAUGAUUCAAACGCUGUGUACAGUGAUGCAGCUGUUUAAGGGUUCAUAUUUUAGUAUGGAUGCUGCUUCAAGGCAUUUCUGACAUCAUUCGGCUAUCGGUACAACGCACGUCAGUAUGAGUUCUGUUUCACCUGCUACAACUGGGUAGAGUAUAAAAGAUCAUAUAUUUUCAAAGCUCUUCCAAUGAAGCAAUAAUUGAUAUUUAGAUAUAGACUUUAAUUCAAAAGUAUGCGCCCUAUAAAAUGUGGUUUUAGAAGUUUAAAAAGGCAGCUUAUUUUUGUGAAAGCUGUACCGAGUAUUGUUAAUCCUGUAAACAAGCUUUUUUCGUUCUGGCAAAACAACAUAAAAAGAAUAAUAAGUGAACAACAUGAUACAUCCUUCCUGCAUACUAAUAUUAUAGUCUCUGAAACGUAUUUUAUUUAGUAAAGAUGUGUAACUUAAGUAGAAACGGUAGCGUUAGGGAAUAAAAUUGGAAGAAGCUAGUUGACACAAUAAUUAGAUACUGUUGUAUUGAGUGGAGUAACAUGAUACAAGUAGAAAUAUAUUUCGGCAGUUUGAUAAUUUUCUUGGAAGUUAAUAGAUGUUAGGCUAUCAACCUUGACAUUGCAUGAAACAUAAUUUAAUUGCAGAUGUUGUAAUAAAGCCGAGGUGAUUUCUUAAAAUCGAUUGAGAAAAUUUUGUAGUAAAACAAUUUGCCCUUUUUUUUGCGUACGAAUUGUAAAAGGGCCAAAGACCAACAUCCUCACAUGCCAAUUGUGUGCAUGAGUUAUUUUUAUAAUUCUGUUUACUAGAUUACUGUGUGAUAACUCGAAUUCCCUCACAUACGAACCACGAAAGGGGGCAAAGUCCAACACUUUCACGUGCCAGCUGUGUGACUGUAUGUACGUCUCAUGCAGAUUGGCUUUUCACAAUAAUAAUAGUAACUUGGACGUAUGAAGACGUGUUUCGUUUAGUAACCAAUGCCCUAAAAAAGGCUCUUGUCUUUUAAGAAGCAAUAGCUUUUAAAACAUGAAGAAAUAAGUUGCUGGAGUUAAAGACUGUCUCACAAAUGUUAAUAAAUGUUAGGUUAUCAACCUCGACGUUGCAUGAAACAUAAUUUAAUUGCAGAUGUUGUAAUGAAGCCGAGGUGAUUUCUUAAAAUCGCUUGAGAAAAUUCUGUAGUAAACAAUUAUUUGCCUUUUUUUUUACGUACAAAUUGUAAAAGGGCCAAAGACUAACAUCUUCACGCGCAAAUUGUGUGCAAGAGUUAUUUUUAUAAUUCUGUUUACUAGUUACUGUGUGAUAACUUGAAUUCCCUCACGAGCGAACCACGAAAGGGGGCAAAGUCCAACACUUUCACAUACCAGAUGUGUGACUGUACAUCUCAUGCAGAUUGGCUUUUCACAAUGAUAAAUAGUAACUUGAACGUAUGAAGACCUGUUUCGUUUUGUAACCAAUGCCUUAAAAAAGGCCCUUUCUUUUAAGAAGCAAUAGCUUUUAAAACAUGAAGAAAUAAGUUGUCGGAGUUAAAGACUGUUUCACUGAGUAGAAUCGCACGUGAAAACCUCGUGAAUUAUGAUGAUGCAACCAUCUACCUCAAUGAUAAAAAUCCUGGUAUUUCGUAACUAUUCAGUCUUCGAUGUGUCACAUUUUGGCUUAAGAAACUCCGAGGAAACCUUAGAGUUUUCCUUCUAAUCAACGUUUGGUGAGAAGAAAUUUAUUUUACUUUAACAAUUUGUUUAACUUGCACCAGGUGUAACAGGGAAAGACAGAGGAAAGUGAAUAUAUAGGUCGAGGAUCGACUCAGCUGAGCGUUUCGCGUUUUCAUUUAUGUAGCGCAAUACCCAAUUUCGCACAAAAACCAAAUCUACAUUUAGGAUGAAAAAGGUAGAUUCAUCACUCUUGGUAAGGUUACACCGAAGUAUUAUAGUUACACUGAAGCAUUCAAAAUAGCUUGUGCACAUUUAACGUGCCUAUGUUUACUAUUAUCAUUGUUAUUUAGGCAAUUUGGCGUUACUAAGCAUUGAAAAUAUUGACUUAUUGGCAGUUUGUCAUGUAGAUAGUAUUUCUUAAUGUUCAAUUUCAGGCCACACAUCAUCUGGACAUUUUAGACAUAGCUGCCAUUUGGCUGUUUACAAAACUAAAGAUGGAAGGUAAAAUAAAGUAUUUCCACUCUAAGGCUUUGUUAGGUUUAACAGACACCGUUAAGUCUAUAUUAAUAUUUAGAAACAAAAAUAGUGAAUGAUCAUGACCCAGAAUGCUACAGAAAAAAAAAUCAAAACGAAAUAUAUAAAAUGAUCAUUAUAGCCCAGUGCAUAUAUAAGGGUACAUAGACGCAUUCUGUACAACUACUUUCACACUAUUCAGCUUUUUGAAAAGAGAGCUCAUGUAUGGAACUUGAGUCAAUGCAAAUCAUUUAUGUCAUAUGACACGUGUGGCAAAGCCCGAAAGAGAUAGCGCAAAGCAUAGAUAUAAGCUCAUUGAAUGUAUGCAAGUUUAAUAACAUAUUCGACCGAGGUACCCGGUAAAAUGAUAAAAAAAAGACAAUAGAAGGUUUACAAUCCAUGUUACAUCUACAGUUAAAAAAAUCUUGAGGACAUGUACAAGUAAGCAAACGAUUGAAGGAAUACCUGUCUUAGAGUCCCUGUCGACUAUUUUCCACUACAGUACAGUAGUUUGUUUACAACACCAGCCGUGGAUCUUGAGCUCGCCAUACUACUCUAUGUGCACUGCAAGUAAUCUCUAAUACCUUGGAGAUUGCUCUUCUCCAAAAAUCUUUGUUAAAUGUUUUGAGACGGAGAAGCUCCAGUUGAAUGAAAUAGUAUAAUUUGUUUUCCUUAGAGUCCAUGAAAUGUCCUGCUUCACUUUCUGUUUUUGCUCUCCUCCGCGUGUUGUUGUUUUCUCUAACUGUUAGCCAUUGUGGAUAUCCCAGAGUACUCCGCGUUGAGUGAAGCAAUAGUGAAACUGACCAGGGAGGGGAUGGGGAAAAUUGUAAAUAACCCCCAAAGCGAUUAAGUUAAGGUCGAAACCAACCAAUUUAACUUCUUAAAACACGUCUUUAUCUUACCAAAUGAAAGUAAUAAGCCUCUUUAGCAAACGAUUGGUUUGGGGAAAAUGUCGUUUAAACUAUUUUUGAGGCAAACGCGUGGAGAGGGGUAACUGCUGAAAACUUUCCAGUUGUGCUGACAUUUCAAAAAAAGACGUAUAAAGAGCAGUUGUUAUGUUAUCAUUUGUUGCUUAUUUUGAAACCUUGUUACAAUUAUCAUUGCAUUUGUGCCAGUUCAUGUGUACACUCUGAAAUUUGGGGAAAAAAUAACUUUUUAUCAUUUUUUUCAAAAAUGCCCAUUCAGCAUUUUUCUGCAUAUUGAAACACAGUUAUCUCUGAAAAAUGCAUGGUUACCCCCAGUUUUCUUUGUGGAUUUCAAUAGCCCCCGAUAUGAUCUACCUGUCUCAUAUAGUCAUUAUCUGGGAAAAAAUACUUCCCAUUAGUGGGCACCGUCCAUAAACACAUUUGAGUCUGGCUGCUUGUAAAAGUUAAUGUUAGUUAAAUUUGUUUAAACCAAGGGUACAUUUUGAAAAAUAUAAAUAUAUUAAUAUAUACAUUUUUAAAAAUAACCUGGUUAACUUGCUAGGUGUGGUCGCAGCCAUUGUUAUUGUUGCUUAACUUUGGGGGGCUCAAUCAUCAGCUUUUGACCACAAACAUGUGAUGUGACAUAUUGGAUCCCAAAAAACUGCAUGGUCAAAUUAGGCUAGUAUUAAGUCAAAUUGACCACAGACUUUUACCUUCAUGAGCUGUACUUCACUUUCAUGGCCUCUUGAUUUUCACAUUCAAAAACCUUUCUUAUGUAUUUAUGCAGUGGUAGAAGUUACUUUGAAGGAAGACUUAAGGGAAGGUUUUGUCUUUUAUGUUUUGCCUCACUAAUUGUUUUCUGUAUGUUAUAAAAUGCAAAUUUCACUUUUUUGUCGUCAUAAAUCACAAAUGACCGUGUAACUAUUUGGUAUUUUUAAGGAAGAUUGAGUUAGUUUAUCUCUCCUCAAGUUUCAUUGAUAGUAGAAAUUAGGUAACCUUGAUAAUAUUUACCAUUCACAUGAUUGUUAACUUGUUAUGGGCUGUUGUAUUUAGGAAAGUUUUAAAGGAAAUCUUUGUUGGCGAACUGCAGCCAGAUGAAACAGUUGAUGCAAUGAGAGAAGCUAAGUUGUUGUCCACGGUAUGUGUUAUUUUUAUAGUGUUUUAUCUCUGAUGGGUGAUGCGUCUUUCUCUAAAAUCCUUGAGUAAUCACUUUAAUGAGCCAAACACACUUUUAAAAAUAUUAUGUAUGUGACCAGCCGAUGGAACUGAGACUUUUGAUCAUCCCCCUAAUUUCAACCUUCAGUCACUGAACUGCCAUAUAAAGAAAAUCCUUGCAAACAAUAACUAUUUUAAUCUACCAAAAUCUGAUCCAAAACCAAGGUUAUCUUGGACAACGUAUGCGUCUGACCUCUGUGCAUUCUUAGUCAGCAGCAAUCUCAGAUGUGCCAUGCAAAACCAUGCAGAAUGGCCCAUUAACUGGCUGGCAUGUUUCCUUGAUACUCACAGUAACCUAGCCUCCUGGAUAAACAACCCUGGCGAAAGACUUAUGAUCAUCAAUCUUUUGUACAUAUAUGUUGUGGUUCAAUUUUGUCCUUAGUUUAAAUUUUAUUUUCUUUUGUUUUGGUAUAUAGUAAUGUAUGAUAAUGAGUUUGAAACAAAGGAAAAUAAAAUUUAAGUGGUUAACUUAGCAUAAAUUUUGUUAUUAAUAACUGCAGUCAUUUUAUUAAUGUUAUAUUAAUGUAAACAAUAACAUUUUUAUUUUUUCUAAACCAAAACUUCCAAAUAAUUAUGUGGGUAAUUUACCCUCUUUGUAAUGCUAAGUAGUUCAUUUGAAAUACAAGUAUCUACAUGUACACUGUAUAGAAUGAUAUUGUCUGUUGCAAACCUUUAUCUGGCAACAGUUUUUAAACAACAUAUGCUCUGUAUUUUUUCAGCUAAAUCACCCUAACAUUGUCAAGUUCUUUGAUAGUUUCAUUGAUGGAGAAUCAUUUUGUAUAGUUACUGAGUAUUGUGAGGUAAGUGGCAUUUUUGCCUCUCUAGUUUGGCUAAAACUGAGCAAACUCUACUGUGAGAGGUUGUUUUACUUUCUCUUCCCUUUUUUUUUCAAGAAUUACCCCUCUCUAUAAACCUAUUGACUUCAGGGAAUUUUGCAGAAAAAUGACUGUCUAUAAAGAAGCAGAAACUGCCCAAAUUCUGUUUAUAGGUCUAUCACCUAGUGGCCUUCUGUUCCAGAAGCAUAAUAUCAGUUUCCGAAGUAUGGUUCAAGCAUGCACAGAAAGCAAAAUUUAGAGAAAGAAGUCUUGACUUUUACCUUUCACUUUCUCUCUUUCAAUUUUGUGGCCCCUUUUUUUUUCUUUCGCAAGCAUUUAUAAAGCUUCAUUUCAGUGGGAAAAAGGAAGGAUCAUAGGAUUAGGUGGAAUUUUUGGGUCAACUUUACAAGGUUUUUGUGCCUUCUUCCUUCAGCCUCCUUGACUGAAUCAUGCUUAUUCUGGUAUGUUAAAAGACUUCUUCCCCCUGUAGUUGGAUGACAAAGUUGUCCCUGACCAUUAAAACUGAUGAAUUCAGAGGUGACUCAAGGACAUGGAUCCUCAUAAGGGUGCGGUGGUGCAGGGGCAAAUAGGUUAAUCAAAGCAGCUAAAAUUCUUCUUUUGCUGAUUGUUUCACUUGAUAACACUACUAGGGCUAUGUGUGUGAAAAUCGUGUGAAAAGGGUGUGAAAAGUGUGUGAAAAAAAGGAACCAUGUGAAAUCAAUGUUGGGAAAAAUACAAGUUCACCACAUCAGCAUUUCACAUGCAUGUGAACUUUUUGAUGUGCAUGUGAAAUUUUGUAAUACAUGUGAAAAAUUUUUGUCAUAUGUGUGAACUUUUUUUCCAUGCAUUUUAUUACAUGUGAAAUCUUUUCAUACAUGUGAAACAAUUUUGUCAUGCAUGUGAACUUCAAAUUUCACAAGCAUAAUAGAUGCUAUGCAUGUGAACACUUUUAGGCAUGUCAGAGUGAGCAUGUGAAUUUUUUUCAGAGCUUGUUAAAUGCAACCACUAUGAACCAUAUUUUUAUGAAAAUGCCAUGAAUUUCUAGUGAAUACCCCAUGAAAGGCAUUUCAUGGCUCAGAAAAACUGCAAAAUUAAAUUUCAUGCCAUGCCACAUCUAGCAUUCUACGGCUCAUAGCUGAUAAAUAUCAAACUAAGUUGACUAUGAGGGUCAUGAAUUUUUGAAGAAUAAGAUUUGAUAAGUUACUAACCUAGAAAAUUCACUAUACUUUAAUGCGUCAGACCUUUAAGGCAAGUGAUCACAACAAAUGUGCUGUUACAAAUCAUCAUCAUCAUCAACAUUAAAGGCGAACCCCAAUAUACCAAAGUGCCAAGCCCCAGAAGGGCCCUCUUGUAAAGCAUCGGACUGGAAUUAACGUUCAGAGCUCUUGCCAUGAUCUAGCUUGCAACCAGAUCUCUCAGUCAAUAACUGUAUUAAUUAUUAUUAAAUACACAGGGGUUUCAAAACAAGCCGGAGACUAGAGUUUUGCCGGCUACUCGACUGUAUAUCACUGGCUGCGCUGGUCAUAACAAUUAGCUUGUGACAAACAAUCUCGAUUGUCACAGCCGCCUGCUUUUCCAGAGUUGGCGCCUACUUCGAAACAUUUUGAAACCCCCGAAUACACUGCACAUUCUUCAUUAUAUUUGGCUUGAUUAAAACCUUUCGAGUAUCCGAUCCACAUGUGCAUCUUUACAAAUAUCAUUGUCUUCAUUGUUUGCUAGAACAUGCUAAAUAAAUUUACGUAUAUUAUCAACUGUCUCAUCUAAAUUUGUGGGUUGUGUAUCUUACCACUUGAGUUUCCACCCAGAAAGAUGUGUACCAUGAUUUUUGUUAAGUGGGGAGGGCUAAAUCCUGAGAAUUAAACCAUUCUUUCAACAGAUCUUCAUUGAGGACAAAACGGACUUAAUUUUAUUACUCCAUCAGAAAACUUACUUUGCUAACAUAUACGACAUAUGUAACUACACUUUAUGAAUGUUUUGUUUCUUACUGUAACGUUCCUCGUUGUAACGUUGAAAGUCCACUUGAACAUGCGAACAGUUCCUUGCUUUGCAUGCUUUUUGAGUUUUCUUUUGAUACCGUUCGUUCAACUAAUGAUUCCUUGAAGAAAACAACUGGCAUGCUCUUGGUUUGCUCAUGUUGCCUUUGGUUCAAUCAGCUUUCCGUACCUGAGCUUAUCCAACAUGAACAACGUCCACAACACGUAUUUAGUCGCAACUUAGAUUCAUGUAGUGAAGGCCAGCAUUUCCUUAAAUUCUCAAAGGUUUCCCAACUUGAAGGAACAAUGUUAAGUUUUUCUCUUGCUUCUAACACUUCAAAUGCACUGGAAUAUUCUAAUCAAUGCUGAAAAUAACCGCUUUUUCGACUCAAACGAGUGCACUUUCUCCAUCGCAAGAUUAGCCGCCAUGUUUGUUGUUUCCCAGGCUUCCCCGUGAUUUUAGCACAUGCGCGAUUUGAUUUACAAUGUCACGUGCGGCUUUUCAACCAAUAGAAAAUUGUAAAAUGAAGUUCCGUUGAAUAGUUCAAAUUCACGCGGACUUCACAAGCAACACAGCGAUGCAAACAGAAUAUUUUCGUUACUUUCGGGUAGAUAGAAAGAGAGUCUUUCAAUAAUACCCAUGUUAUUUUCGAGAGACAGUGAUCAAUUGGAAAAUUCUUCACAAAAAGCAUGUUUCCAAGUCAGCAACUCAGCUGGAUUAUUGCAGAAAGGUAUGUUCUUCUUGAUAUCGUGGUUCGUUUAACAAGAGCUUACUUUGGUUUUCUAAUAACUUUGCGUAAGCUUAAACCUUCAAAGAUACAUCUUGAUUUAAGAUGCAUGCACAGAUAUGCCAUUGAUUGAUUCCUUUUUGUUUACUGCAGAAAAAACUGUACUCUUUGUUGCAAAUCGUCAAUGGAAUACUCUGAAAAUUUUAUGUUCUGGCGCUAGUAGGCUGUGGCAGACUUGUCAAGACCAAUGUUAAAUAAAAUAGGAGAAGAAAUAACAUAAGUUUCCGAUAUGCAUGCAAUGUAUACGACAAGUUGGAAGCAAUUAAGUUUCCAGUUAAUUUACAAUGACUUGAGAGUUGAACUAAACCUAUAAAAUUUGAGUAGGUUUGUUUAUUUGAGCUUCGAUUCAUAAUAUUCAUACAUCUGCAAUAAGGUCAAAAAUAGAAGGCAGCUCCAUCUAGUCUGAUGUGUGGACCUUCAGUUCAGAAAGCUGUUCAGCCACUUUGAAAGAAGCAGUCAGUUAGCAUUAUUUUUUUCCAUAAACAUGCUUGUAUUUUUCAAAGUUGUUUAUUUACUUUGUCUUUUCACUGACAUUGAGUGCUAGAUUGCUUUUCUGUAACUUGGUAUUCCUUAAUAAGUGGAAAUUGUAAAUUGGCCACUAUGUCAUUUACUAUCAUAAUUAUUACAAUUUAUAAGAAAUAUUUCUAACCAAAAAUUAGUAUGUUAUUAGUUAUUUUAUUGAUGUAGGAAUUAAAGGUAUAAAAACUGAGCGUGAUAGAAAGUUUUGUUUUUAUUAUUAUCCUCCAGGCAAUAAAUAUUGACAAAUAAACAGGAUUAGACAUUGAUGUUUCCAUUAGCCUUAUGUGCCUUUUUGAGUAACUUAAAGUUACAUUUAAGUUCAUUUUGGGACAUGUGAGUCAGUUGAACUGAGUUUCACCGUGUUGAUAAUAUGAAACCAAUUUCCUUUGCCAAUCAAUCCUAUCCAGUUUGCUUUUCACUUUUUGCCAGUUUUAUAUAAAUCAAGUUCUUCUGAAAAUACCGUAAAAUUAUAAAUAAACCAACAGAUCAGGCUAUAAACCUGAAGUUGUUUGUGACUAUAUGAACACACAACCAUGGAUGCAGUUGACAGUACUUCAGACAAAUUUAUUGCAAGCGGAAAGUGCAAAUGUAAAUUUGUGUGUUAAUUGAUCUAAUAUAAGCUAGUUGAUUUACUGAAUAUUUGCUUGUGAAACAACAUACCCAAUUUGUGUGAAGUGGUAUGGGAAAUUCUACCCUGCAAGCGGAGUUUUCUCUCUUGCAUGGCUUUUAGCGUUUAUGAAGUCGUUUGGGUGGCUUGUCUGUCGCGUAGUUGGUUUGUUUACGUGUAAACAAACCUCUGCUCGCAGGGUAGUCAAAUUCUAUUGCCAUUCAUGAUCUCCGAUCUCUGAGGAUUUACAUGUGAAAGCUCAUGUGAAACCCCAUGUGAAGUGUAUGUGAAAAUAAUGUGUGAAUUAGUAGCAUGUGAAAUUCUAGAUGUUUUGCCAUUCAUUGAGGAUUAAGUACAUGUGAAAGCCCAUGUGAAACCCCAUGUGAAGUGUAUAAAAAUAUGUGUGAAUUUAAAUGAGGAUUCACAUGUGAAAGCCUGUGUGAAACCCCAUGUGAAGUGUAUGUGAAAAUAUGUGUGAAAGGGAUGACGUCGCUUCACACCCUUUUCACAUAUAUUUCACUAUGCAAAAUUUCACAUGCACGUGAAAUAUGUGUGUGAAAUGCAUGUGAAAAGUGUGUGAAAAACGUGUGAAAAAUGUGUGAAAAGAGUGUGAAAAUAGGACAUUUUUCACACGUUUUUCACAUGGUGUUUCACAUACAUACUCCUAGUAGUGUAAUUUGGCAUUUCAUGACCAGAUUUUUUUUGUUAUUCUCAAAUCUGGAUUUUCCCAGGAAACUAGGUGCUUGGAAAUUUUGCUGAAAAACAUGUUUUGAAGCUUAAGACAUUCCGUUCUCUGUUCACUGUCUGGCUAUUGGAGGCAUUAUGAAAUUGCUCCUACACCAGAGAAAGUUUAAUUUAUUACCUUGCACACGUGUAUGUAAUUUAUGUAUAAUAACCACAUUUUAAUGACUCAACUUAAUUAUUUUAGCUUAUCAUGUACAGGACGUUAGUAAUUUUUUAUAUACUGGUUACUUAAAAAUGUUUGUUUUUCUGUUCUAAACUGAAGGGUGGUGAUUUGGAUGACAAAAUCAAGGCUUGGAAGAAAGCUGGCAAGAGUUUUGAUGAAUCACUGAUUUUGGCUUGGUUUAUUCAAUUGGUUUUAGCUGUUAAGUUCAUGCAUGAAAAGUAAGAUUACAUCUGUGCUUUUAUUCAGUAUAUUUGCACCAUCAGUUUCUUACUAGAUAAAUAAACUAUGUGAGUACCUUUUUAUUGUUAACAAACUUGAUGUGUCAACCUACAAGCACUUUCCUGCUGCUGGUGGACCUGUGGCUCACAACAACUCUGAAAGUGAGGUAAAUUUAUUUUGACAGAGACACAUUUUAGGAAGUUGAUGUAUUAAAAUACAAGAUUUAGAGGGGAAUGAGACUUCAGGUGUCUGCUCACAGGAGCGUAAAAACAAACUAAAAUCUAACUGGUAGUCCCUGAAAGUGUCUGUAGAUGCCUUUAAUAAAUAUCCGCUUACAGGAAUGUAAAAAUACAGAGUUUGUAUUGGAGUUGAAACAGGGUUUUGUGAAGGUAGCCAUAAGAAGAGCUGUCCACUGACAAGAGUGUCUGUUAAGAGUCAGCUUCCACUGUAGUUGAUUUCUAUUAAUUUCUGUUAAACAGAUAACACAAUCAUGUAUAAAGAAUGUGACACCUUAGACCCUGCAAGAAGGAUAUUAAGUAUAUUCUCUACUGGAAGUGUACUUUAAAGGUAGAUGUUUGUUUGUUUUCAGGAGAAUCUUACAUAGAGACUUAAAGACAAGGUAAGCUUGAUGUAGACGCUGUGUUUGAUUUCUUUGAAACCUGCCUCUCAGAGUAGUAACCGCCGCCCAGUUAGCUCAAUGGGAUAAGCGCCAGUCUGCUGAGUGGGAGGCUGUGGGUUCAAACCCCGGCCUGGACCAACCCUCAGGGUCUUUAAAUAACUGAGGAGAAAGUGCUGCCUUCGUAAUAACAUCUGCAAACAGUUUGACUUUCUAGUCUUCUCGGAUAAGGUCGAUAAACUGUAGGCCCCGUCUUUCAAGCCCUUGCACACAUAAUAAAAAAUCUGUGGAACGUUAAAGAACCCACACAUUCUUGGGAAAAAGUAGGGCACAUAGUGCCCUGUGUAGUGGUCUAUCUCACUUUCACACUCAUGUAUGGGGGCAUCAUUACUCAUUCCUUCACUACUUGUAAACUGCACCUGCACCCAACCAGUGUUAUAAACUAUCCCCGAAAAGCCCUUAGGGGAGUGGAUAAUGUGAUAUUUACUACUUUAUAUUACUAGUAGGCAAGGGUAGAACUGAUCUGCCUCAAAUCACCAAAAAAUGUUUGGUAGAUUUCCUUUACAAGGCGUUCGUGGAGUGGGAAGUGAGAUCAGCUUGGUUUGGAGUGAGAAUGUGGGGUUGAGAUAGACUGAAUUUGAAAUAGGUGAAUUAACCCAUUCGCUCCUGGAGAUUUUGCCGAAAAAUGCGUUUUGAAGCUAGUCGAGUGGUUUUCUGAUCACUGUCGUGCUAUAAAGAGUUAAAACUUACCACAAACCAGUUUACAGGUCGUACACUUCGCGGCCUUCUGAUCCAGAUGCAAAAUAUGAGCUUGCGAAGUUCGGGCAGAAAGCAAAAUUACGAGAUAGUUUUUGGGUUUAAAAGUGACACAGCAGUCUUGACUUUUACUUUUCGCUUUCUCUCCUCCCCUCUUUUUUUGCUUUUCUUGCCUCAUUUUUUUUUCUCUUGCUGGGCAUUUAGUAGGCUUCGUUUUGGUGGGAAGAGUUUUUGGGAAAGCUUUUAGGAUCUUAGGAUUAGGUGAAAGGAAAGGUAGGUGGCAAUGGAACAAGAUUUUCAUGGAGAUUUUGAGGUCAAUCUCACAUGGUUUUUUGCUUCUUUCUCUGGUGUCCUUGACUGAAUUGUGCUCAUUCUGGUAUAGUUUGAAAGAUCUCUUCACUCUGCAUAAGUAAGUGGACAAAGUUGUCGUUGACCAUUAAAACUGAUGACGUCACAAAGGGUAGAAAGGACGUGGAUCCGCACAGGCGGUUAUGGGCGGUUCAGGGGCGAAUGGGUUAAAACACUGAUAUAUAUAUAGAAUUUUUAAGAUUGCUUCCCUUGACAACAAAUUAAUGCCCUUUCACCCUGUCAGUAUAUAUUAAAUAUGUACCAGUAACCGUCAGUUCAGGUAUAUUGCAUGAGUUCAAAUUGUAGUGUACUAGCAUACCUUUGAUCCUUAUGCAUGCAUGGUACAAUUUCAUCUUCUUAAUGUUGAGAAGGCUGGGUUAGCUGGCUACAACUGUGUGGGUCUCCUUUUACUUGGAUCACUUUUUCUCUGCCUGAACCUUUUUAAUGACUUACCAUUUUGUCCAGCAAAAGGCCAAGAAUUUAUGGUCUUACAGUCAAACAAGUAAAACCAUGAACACCUGAAAUACUUUCAGGAAUGUUUAUUCUAGCUGUUACAACUCAUCACAGCAAAGAUCAGGACACAUGAACUAACCACAAAACCACAAACUAAUUAACGUUGUUGCUUGUGGUUUUGUUUGUUGUGCCCGAUUCGCUCUUUUUUCUUGCAGAACUUUAAGCAUCUCUUUCAAUAGCACUGUAAUUUUAAUUUUUUGUGUAAUUAUUUGGUAAGCUAAUGAUUUUAAUAAUAAUAGUGUUUUUUUUUUAUAUAUUUCAGGAACAUUUUUUUAAAGAAUAAUUUCAUAAAAUUAGGUAUGUGGUGUACAAUGUUAACCUAAGAGUUGGGAUACUGUGAGGUUUAUCUGGCUGUGUUGUUUUUAUAUAGCCAAGUGAAUCUGUUGAUUCAAUAAAUUUUCUUAGUACUAGUAUAGGCAUCUCUAUCACUGAAUUUUUCCAAAUGCCUGUUUCAGUUGGACAAAAAUAACAGCUUCCUUCAGCUCCACUCUUUCCCUUUUUGACAGCAAUAAGUAAGUACGUGUAACAUUAAACCCAAGUCAGCUGAGUCAUUGAUUGAAAAAAAAAACAUUCUUUAGUAUAUAAAACUCACAAGGCUAAAACUUCACUGUCACUUUUACCUCAUAGCAAAUAUUUCGUUCUUAGCUACAUUCUACCUGUAUCUAUAUUUAUUGUUACAUGUACCCUGGCAGUAGUUGAUUGGCCAUAAUCUCCCACAAGUCCACUGUUACUUAGGGGCUUUACUUUAAGCCCAUUGCAUCUGUUUAAUUAUUUAGCUGCCUUUAUUUUUAAUUGCUAUUUUACUUGAUUUUAUAAAUAAUGAAGUUUCCACUUAUAAUAUUGCAGGUGAAACUUAAAUGACAUGUAAUAUCAAUUUGAUGGGUUAAUUUUUUUUUAACUUGGUUUCCUUUGUCUCCUGGACGUAAUUCAUGAAUAACUUAAUAGGGCUAAGCUGAAUUUAAGUAUGACCUGUAACAUGAUAAUUAUGUAAUAGCAAGAGUAUUUCCUAUCACCCUCCCUGAAGAAAGGGUGUAGAGUGUGCAGGGGUUGCAAUUGGAGCCUAUAAUAUUGUGGGGUCAGCUCAGAAUAUUUUACAGUGAUCUUGAAAUGUAUUAUUGAAACUGGCAGAAACCUAAGCAUGCGACUGACCAAACACAAAUGAGCGACAAAGAAUGGUGACGUCAACAAUCACAUUGCUGAGCACCAUUUACAGACGAAACAUCAAAUUGACUGGGAUUCUGCGACAUGUAUAACAUAUUCUACAGACUACUAUCAACGUUUUACUUUAGAAAGCUGGUUUACUAACUUAGAACAAACGCCACUGAAUCGUAGCCAACAGUUAUCAGCGUCGUACAAACGACUUAUUUGACGAGAUCAAGCAAAACUAACUACGAGACAAUGACAAUUUGACUAACAAUAGAUGACUGUUUAACUGUGACAAUAGAGGGAUCGAAACGCACCAAUUACUGAUUAUGAGUCUUCAUAGCCAAUAACAUCACGGCUUAACUGACAGACGACCAAUAACAUCGCGACGUAAUUGACCAAUUAGAUCAAUAACCAGAGUAUAAUACCAUCAACUGAGGUGAUACAACUCACUUUGACUGUGAAGAUGACUACCGCACAGGUUGUCGAAGCGUCAGUCACUGUCAACAACAACAGUCCUAUUCAGGACUACGUUCACCUAGACGAUCAAACUCAACCUACUUUUGAAAUGACUCCUGAGUUCAAACCUUUCACAAUAAAAUGAGACUUGAGUUUGUAUGCUUAUUUCUGCCUCAUAGUCCUGAAGUUUUAAGCAAGGGUCCUCACAUCUCAGCAAGUCUUGGAUUUUACAAUUCAACACCUCUAGUGUGAAAGAAACAUAAUAAAUGUAUAAUUGCAUGAAAGUACAAAAUGUAUAGCAAUAAAAAUAUAUAUGUCAAAAGAGAAAUAAUGUAAAAAUGAAGGCUGACCAUUAAAAAAAAAACUUUUAUGGGAGCUUAAAAAUAAUGGUCUGUAAAAAACUUCUCCAUUGGGCCAUCAGAAUAUUAAUUCCUACAAAUUAAUGUCAGGGGCAAAGCAUGGCCAUUUUGGCAAGUACGCGCACGGAUCCAUGCAUAUUUGAAACAAAAUAAUGUUUUUGUUAUCCUGUAAUAGUUACAUCUUUUGGCAGAUUACAGUCUUGUUUACAAUAGAACAUGAUAUCAAAAAAAGCUUUUAAAAUGUUUUUCUUUGAGCUGGUACUGGAAUCAGAAAUUUUUCUAGAACAAGGCAUCUCCCCUACAAGAGACUCAAAUAUAAUGGUUCGUUCAAUCAUUCCAAACAUUUAGCAAUUAUUGCUAAAUGUUUGGAAUGAAAGAUAAGCUCACCUACUGUUGCUCAAGAAAAAUGACCACUUGAAGUGCAGAAAUUUGGAGUUUAAAAGCAAUGGUUGGAAGAAUUUCGGUUUGUGCGUGGUUGUGUAAAUUUUCCGCAAGUAUAGUCCUUUGCUGACUUUUGUGUGUUUCCUUUAUUUCAAUCAUGAAACUGAUCAUGGAACAGACAAUUAUAGUCAGGGUUUUAGUAUUUAUUUAUUUAUUUAUUUUCAGUGAGUAUCUCUAAUGCUUUUCAUUGAAAACGAUUCUACAUCUGUUGAGUGCAAAUUUCCUGCAAAAUUCUUGUUGAUGCUGCGCCACACGUGCACGUAAUGGUCUGCUUCAGCUUUAUACCUCGAUUUUGGUCGGCAUAGUCUAUUCAAUGAUUUCCCACUUGAGCGACAUUUAUAGAGAGAGAGAGAAAAGUAAAAAUAAAUAGCUUUAAUUUGAAUGGGAAAACUUUCCAGAUAAAUCUUUAAAGGAAUGAUAAUCAGUCAGGAUCAAUUUAAAUGUGUUUCCAUGAAUUUCCUCAGUCCUCCUUCCUUUUUGUUUUAUUCAAAAGCAAUGUAUUAGGGAAGCCACAUAAAAUCUUUAAAAAAAAUCCUACCAAUUUCUCAAGUACACAUGUGCAUAUUUGCGUAAAGGAUGCUACACCCCUGAUGUAUUUUUAUUUGCAUCCAUCUCAAUCAAUCUACAAUGUUAAAAUUUUAUUAAUGAAUAUAUUUUUUUUAAUUGGGACUUCAAAUGUAUUAUUUUCAAAAUAUAAUCCAGAGAUGCCUUUUCAAACUGUCCUGAUCAUGCCUGAUGAUAAAAAGUUUCUAAAACAUAUUAAACAGUCCUGUCUGAAGGUGAUGUUUGAGUCCUAGACCUUCAUGAGGACGAUUGUUAUAUAUUGUACACCUGACUAGGUCUUAAAACUUCAGCAUUUUAAUUAAUCUCCUUAAGCUGGCCAAUAGCUAGGCCUUUGGCGAUAGUUAGUCCCAUGAUCAACUUUCAGUAAACAUGAAAAUGUUUGCUUGUGGAAAAUGUUGUUAGUGGGAACUGGAAGAGCAUAUUAAAAUUAAGUAACCUGGAAUUUUCAGCUGUAUAUCUCAAAAGGAGUGAUUGCAAUGGCCACGAAAUUUAGAAGGAUUUGUAUGACAAAAACUACUCUUGCCACCCAGUCACGCUUGAGUGUCUUGAGUGGUUUUCCAUACAAACCCUUGUAAACUUACUCAUUUUUAAACGGUCAUUAAAUCUUUCCCUUACCCAUUCAACUACACAAAUUGCCUGUCAUGAAGAAAAAGAAGAUUUGAGCCCCAUAAGGCUUAAGGAAAUAUUUUACAACAGUUUGAAAAUUUCCAAUUUAACAAGGGUUUGUAUGGAAAACCAGUUAAGCAUGACUGGGUGGCAAGAGUUGUUUUUCCAAUACAAAUCCUUCUAAUUUUGGGCAGCUGUUGCAAUCGCUACUUUUGAGAUACACAGCUGAAUAUUUACGGGUGACCUAAUUUUAAUACACUCUUUCAGUUCCUGCUAUCAAAAGUUUUCAAAAGCGAACUGUUUUCAUGUUUACAGAAAGUUGAUCACAUGGCCGGCCAAUGCAAAAGGCUUCUUUACCUCAUUAACGUAGACAAAAAAUCUUUUUUGACCUUUGUCAUGAUUAGAUUUUUGCCAAAACGUAUUAAUUCAAAGCCAGUAAUAGUGAAAUUUUUUGCAUAUUUAACCAUGGUAAAACCCUUAAAUUCCAGUUAGUUUACUUUUUUGUAUGUUCUUUAGUAAUAAUGAGCAUAUUUUUUUCUUUACUCAGGUGAUCUGGGUAUCUCCAGGAUUCUCAUGGGUACAUCAGAUAUUGCCACUACAUUCACUGGUACUCCAUACUACAUGAGUCCUGAAGUUCUAAAACAUGAGGGAUAUAAAUACAAGUCUGACAUCUGGUAUGAAUGAACAUGUACUUCAUGAUGUCUAAUUAGGUUUUGGUAGGAUGUUAAUCCUGCGAUUACCCUUAAGAUAGAUAAAACUGGUAACCAGGUGUCUAGCUUACAUGUAUCAUCUGAAUGUGGAUUAGCCUAUUAAUUAGUUCAUUCAUUAAUUCAUUUUUUGUGUAACAUUAAGUUUUGCAUCAUAGGUCUAUGGGUGUGGUGUUGUACGAACUGUGUAGUCUCCAACAUGCCUUUCAGGGUGAGGUAAGCAUUUAUAGGUGACUUGAAUGACUCAUUGUAUUAAUACUGUAUUGGUACAUGUAUUGGUUAUUUGGGGUACGUUAAUUCUUGACAAAAAAGCAAGACUCAAAAUAACAUGAUUUAAGUCUAGAUGUUUUUAUUUAACUAUUUGCGUUGUAAGUACUAGUAUAAUCUUAGGUAGGUAGCCUGUAAGCGUACUUCAAACUGCAUUGUACCUCUUUUGGGUUGCAUUCCUUUUAGCCAAUCUAAAUCUGGAUUUUGCGAUCAAAAAUUCGAUUUUUUGUUCCAUUAAGGACCAAACCAAUCUAAGAUUGCAAUCUGAACGAUCUACCUCUGAGCGUGGAUCGUUCAGAUUGGUAUCUCAACCUGGUUUCAUAACUUUGUUCCAUUUAAUGAAACUGCUUUUCAAUCGCAAAAACGUGCUCAUUCAUCAGUAAACACGGCGGGUCACGGUUAGUUCAGGCAAAAGUUAUUUAUAUUCCCCCGUUGUUCUAUGCCGCUAGCGGAUUGUAGUAUAUUUAUCUCAAGUUCCACUGUUACUCUAAAUCCAUUAGGAAGUGAAAACGCUUAGAUUUUCUCACUGUAAAACUAUACUGUUCAAUGUCUGUGUGUGUUUAGAACACGUUUCUCAGCGCUUUAGAAUUCGUAAUUGUCUUCUCAAUUUUCUUGAAUCAAAUUCCAGAUAAUUCUAAGUUGAUGAGUUCCAGUAUGAACCACCACUAGUUAAAGAGCUAAUUUUCUUUCCGUUUCUCCACAAGAAGAUGCUUAAUUUAGCAGAAAGAAAAUAAAAAUAAAAAACGAUGCAUUGCAAUUGAGAAGAAGAUUGGAGCGGCAGGCAGCUGCCAUAUGGCUCAAUCUUAUUUCAGAUUUUUUUUCCAGCUAGCAUGAAAAUCCAAACCAUUUGGAUUGUCCAUAUCCGAAAAAAGUUUGGCUAAAAAGAAUGUAACCUUGAUCUUUUUAAUCUUAUUUGGAAUUUCCUGCCAUUGAAAAAUGGCAGGAAAUGGCGAAGUAAACUAAAAAAUCUGUAUUUUCCAGUCCUGGUUACUCAAUGAAACGUAUUUUCCCUUACCGAAUACUCACAUCUUCUGGGGAUAAAGUACUAAGACCUGUGUGGCAGGUACUGACUUAAGAUGACCUUAAUACCACAGUUUUGUGUCUAGAACAACAACUGCUCAAAUUCCAGGGACCUGUGAAAAAGAACGGUUAGGCCAGUCUUACUCACAUCUGUUUCCAACAUGAACAACCCAUGCAAUGCUGAGAAAGUUAACUAUGGCACAUACAUGUAACAGGGUUCUCAAUAAGAGUGGCAGAUUUCACCAGCUAUUUCACGUGAACUCGCCGCCUACUUUUCUUUGGAAAAAAAGACCCCAAAAAGCCAAAAUUUAACAGUGUCUGUGUUCUGUUCAAACACUCUAAUUUUUGCUUCAGAAUACUGAAAAUGCAUUUUAAGAGGCCCAGACCCAACCCCCAGUAACUUUCGCUUUCGGCACUCCCAAGUCACGCCUGUGGUGCGAGUUUUUUCCGUUUCUGCCUACUCAAAAGCUUUUGCCACCUACUUAAAACCUUAUUGAAAACCGUGCAUGUAACAUAAAAGUGCUGUAGGUCAAUUUGUGUUUUAGAUCAGUUUGUUUUCAACCGUGGUCAGUUUGCAUUUGUGACCAUGAUCAGUUUGCUCCUAAAUAUAGGUUAAUUUGUUCAAAGUCAGUGAAUUUCCAUGAUUCCUUUUUCCUGUUUGUUACAACUGGCCAGCAUGGCCAAUAUUUUUUAGGAAUUGCUAUAAGCUAAAUAUAUUUUGUUUCAGAGUUUAAUGAGUGUGAUGUAUAGAAUUGUGGAAGGAGAGCCACCUAAACUACCUGAGAAAUACAGUGAACAGCUACAGGAUUUGUACAAGAGGUAUGUUUAUUAUCAUCAGAUGAUUGUAAAAUGAUAAUUAUAUUUUAGAAAUAAGGAAACAUGCCGGCAGUAAAACAAGGGUAGACCAGAGUGAGUGGGGUAAUUUAUUGUCCUUUAACAUCGUAUUUGCUUAGGUAUUUAUUUACUGUAGUUGACAGACUGCUUCCAAAUUUUUUUAUGGGGAUGAAAAUCUUAUUGGCACAAAUUUACCUUGUUUUCGUGCAAGCUACUUGGCUCAUUUUGAAUUUCAUUUUCACCAGGAGAUUAUUAUUCUUCUUCAAAAUGAUCUGAUAUAAUAUCUCACACAUGAAUAUGAUUGGAUUUCUAAUGUGCUUUGUUAAUUUGUCAUUACUUUUUGUUUAUUGAAUAAAUUUAAUUUAUUUUGCCUCUAGGAUGUUAGAUAAAAACCCAGCCAAUCGACCAAGUGCAAGUGAAGUUCUUAGAAAUGACUAUGUUGCAGAGAAUUUAGCGGUAUGUUGUCUGCCUCUCCUUUAUAAACUGGAUAUUAGCAACUUAUCUUUUACAUACCUAUUAAUUUCAGGGGAAAGGGAACAACAUUUUGAUUAUAAUCUGAACCUCUCGAUGGAUGACUGAAAGCAUACACGCGAUAGUAUUGACUGAAUUUGUCACAACCAGUGACAGAUUUAUGCAGACCAGCAGAAAAUAUCGUAAUUAUACAGUGUACAUUUCAUAUAAAUGUGGGAGUCCAAGAUGACCCUUCUGAUACAAAUGGUAUAAAAGCUAACACUUUACCUGGAUCCACAUUUCAAGGAUGUUUUUUUAUUUUUGGUUGUGCAUGGGCUGAGCAGCAAAGACAAAGAUCCGUUGCUCAGGCCAGUUAGUCCAUGUUACUUGAAUUCAUUCAAACCCCUGAUCCCCAAGAAAUCAUGGGCAAGGUUUUCUUGCAUACUUUAUCAUUCACUCAGCCCUUGGAAAAAGUGUUUCAAGCCCAUGGGUCAGCUCAAUGUCAGCUGCUGCUUUGAUUGGUUCAGUGUAUCGUCUGAUGUCAGCAUCAACUCCCCUUUCUUGUUUUAUUUAUUGCAUAAAGUUGUUGAGGCCUGCAUGCAUUGCAAUAGUUGUGGUUGUGAUUCGUUUGUUUUAGUCUUGACUUCAUGCAAAUGUUUAUUACCCUUUCUAAUGGUUUGCAUUGACCUUUGGUAAUCUUAAGGUAUAACUAGUCAACUGGUCUUAGUAACCAAAGCAUGUUCUUGGUGUCCAAUUUUGUUUUUCCUUUGUUCAUUUAACCUUAUACUGCUUGAUCAAAUUGCCAAAACAGAAUUUGUAGUUUGUUGUUACCAAUGCAUAUUUUGUGUUCCUUUGUGCUGCGCUUUUCUCUCUUCACCUUUCUUAGACUAUUUCAUACUUUGACAUACAUUUAAGACAAGUAACAAUAUUUCCAUUUGAUUGCAGAAAAUAAAAUGUCGAAUAGAACAGUAAGUAUUGUAUUUCUAGAACUAAAAAUAUGUUUUAUAGAUCACGUGGGCUCACGUGGACUAGCAGGACUGACAGUCUGACAGACAGCCUGAGAGAGCAAAGAGACUGACAGAACAACAGGUUGACAGGGCUAAAAAGGACAAGGGCUGACAGGGUAAGAGGGGUGAGUGACCGACAGGGUCUUACAGGGUUGAUAAGGAUUGAUAGGGCUAACAGGAAUAUCAAGGUCUGAUAAAUGCUGAUAGAUUUGACAACCUGGAGUGGUAAGUGCUGACAGGGCUCACCUGGACCAGCAGAGCUGAUGGACAGGCGAGGUUGACAGCCUGAGAUGGUUGAGAGGCUGACAGACUAAGAGGGGUUACCUGGUACAUUGCUGACAAGAGGGGUGACAGUUGCUCAGCAGGCCGACAAAGGCUGCUUUUCCUCCUCAAAGCAAACUGAUAGUGGCUAAAAGGUGAUAGAGUUGACGAAGACUGAGAGAGUACUGGGUGACAGAGCUUGUAGCUGCUGCUUACAAUGGCUAAGAAGCUAACAGCCUGACAACUACCUGUCAAGAGCUAAUAAGGUGACAUGGCAAACAACCUGCCAUGUUCCAAAGGACUCACAUUCGUAAAGUGUUGCACACUUUUAAGGGAUGGAUAUCGGUAUCCGACUUUAGUAUAUACUAAAACAGUGGAUAGUGUUUUUCGCGCGCUCUGAUUGGCUACUCAAUCAGUGAAUAUCCUGCACUAUUCACUGAUUCACCUCCAGUUCCUCCGAGCGAGCGACGCCAAACUCGCGUAAGUUGCGAGCAAAAUGCCCUCCCGGUUUGCUGCCGUAAACAAACAAAGAAAUUUUACAACUAAUGAAGCAAGCUGUUUCCGAAAUACACGACGAACGUGACGAAGUUCGGAUUGGAAGAUUUAACAGGUAAAGCUUUGUCUUUUUGACACGAAUUUAUCGAUAAAACCGGUGAAAAAGUUUUUUGUUUACAAAUGCAAAUUAAGUUUAAGUCUUGCGUUACUUUAUUUAGUUGAGUUGUUCAUAAAUAAGCUAAAACUAAAUUUAAUAAUCUUUUUUUUAUACAAUGAUUUUAAAUACAAAAAGAAUUCACAACUCCUUUUGAAGAAAUUUCCCCGCAAGAGCUAAACAAUUAAUUAAUUGUCGGCAAGAAAAAGCGACGGCCGCGGCCACCCUGUCAUUACGCUCCAAAAUUGUAAUCGUUGGCAACAGUAUUUGAGUUAAAAAUCAUCAUUUUUGUGCUCAAUUAUCUCACUGUUUUAGUAUAUACUAAAACAAUUAUUCACCUCAGUGUCGGUGGCUAGUCGUGGAUAUUUACCUCACUGCUUCGCAGUUCAGUACACAUCCACGACUAGCCACCUCCACUUCGGUGAAUAAUCGUUAUUUAUAGGCCUGUACGCAGUUUUACUGAAGAGUUAAUUUUCUUAAGUUGUUGGAGUGGACAUUAGAUACAUUGGUGAAAUAUCUAUGUUUUGUCAGCUGCAAGAAAGUUGUUGGUACUAAGCCAUAAAUGAUUAAUGUGGUCGUUCGCAGCCGAAAUUCCUUUAAGCAAAAACAACGAUGUCCUUAGUUUGGAAAGGAGGGGAAAAUUAUUUAUCUCUUGCAACAGCAACUGGAAAAUAAAAACAACAGUUACAUGUAACAGACAGUCACGAACUUUCUACCAGAGACUGGUUUCAAGCUCACUCUCAGCAGUAAUCAAUUUGCCUAAGAUAUGAUCACAUCCGAGGUAACUUUUAAUCAUUAUGCAUGUUAUAGGUCAAAUAAGGAAAGUAAAAUAGGAGAGUCCUAUGAGCGUCAAGGAGGCAGCAGCUUGUAUCAAGAACCACAAGGCAGGCCUCUUACACCAAUGUAGGUACACAUCCUAGCCACAACUUGUUUGUUUUGUCUUUGAUAUCUUCUGCAGUUCUCUUUUCUCUUCUCAAUCAUUUUCUCCUUAAGGUCUACUUACCCUUUUCCUUCACCGUAACAUAGUGUGUGCUUGACAUGUGUGAGCUUUUUCCACAAGAAAUUAAAGAAGGCAGGAUACAACACUCUACUCUUGAACUAAAGAGCAGUUGAUUUGUGAGCUUAUGAUACACACCGAGAGUUAGCAAGAGUUAGAUUUCGAGUGAAAUCUUAAAGGCGUUUUCCGAGAUAGUGAGAUACCUUGCUGCAAUCUUCUAACUCUUUCGUCUUCAUUCUUGGCCAAAAUUAAAUUAGUGACCACAAUAAAAACCGCUCAAGUUUAACAGCUUCUUAUUGGCACCAGAGUGUCAAAUUCUUCGUAUUUGAUCUUAGUCCUAUUUUCUAGUUUUGCAAGGAGCGCCCGCUUUCAGCAUUCCUAAGGUGGUAAUUGGUACGUGAAACCGUUUUUCUAAGCCUUUGCAAGCCUGUGUAAAUGUUUUCUCUUCCAUAAACAUGCUCGUGUACCUCGUGCUUGUCUUCACUUUUAGUUGGGCAGGUUAGAAGUCCAGCAAGAAUCGUUCUGUCUUUCUUGCUGUGUGUGUGUGUUGGGGGGGGAGGGUAAGGCACCACUCAAACGUACGUCACGUUUGCCCUUGAGCCAUGGUCAGAGAAACUUUUAUUGCAGCACAUCUAGAAACGUUGUAGGAGAUGGUGCGCAUAACUUCAGUUGACAGGAAAGCACUAAAAAGAAUUGUUUAAAAUGGAUUACUGCCUACUUAGAAACAAGGAUUCACCUAUUCCAAUACGUACUGAUCAUUUCUUUAACGCAACAUUGCUUGGUCUAUCGAUUGCUUUGUGGUCAAAUGUCUGAUAUUCAGCUUGUUAAAGAGCCUAUAUUUUUUACUAGCGAUUUUUAACGGUUGUAUAAGUUUCAUUCGUGUCUUGAACCAACGCGCUGCCCAGUUGGGAUGCCACCAAACUAGUGCAUUUGGAAAUGAGAUAGUAUGAAAUACUUAAAUUUAUUUUCUAUCCUCAUUAUGUCAACCAAAUCCUUUAAUACUGUCCACCAUGGCCUGUUGGCAUUCGCUGACUCGCAUUGUAAGAUAUUAACUUUUUACGUCUCUCGGCCAGGGCUUUGACUGAGCCUUUUUUAAGUAUGACGUAACUCUUGCAUGGGUCAGUGAACGAGAUCCAGUUGUGGAGUCAAAUCAUAUCGAAAAUUUCGGAAAUCAUUUUGUCGUUUUGUCAUCUAAGUCUGAGCAGAGAGAGAGUUUAUUAGAGUUGUUCCUGAGUUCAAUUCACAUUGCCUUUUUCUGCAAUCAAUGCGUGAGAUCAUCAUGAGUGGAUAUUGGCCACGUUCGUUUUAAGCGCUUUUCUGGACCGAAACGACGACGAGGUCAAUGAAAGCACAAAAUGCUUAUCUAAAAUGCUAUCGAAAGUAUAAUGAAAAAUAACGUUUACAUCUAUUUCUAUCACCUGCUGUAAUACAAAGCCGGUAACAGGGUCGUAACAUGGUAUAUGGGCUCAGGGCUCAAAGCCCAAAAUAUAACUGGGAUCAGGGCUCACAGGAAAGGGCUCAGGGCUCAGAAGAAUGGGAUCAGGGAUCACAAGGUUUUUGAGCCCGAAUCAGGGAUCAGAUUUAUUACGCAGUCUAAAAAUCUCUUAUCACAAUAUUUUUCCGCCUCAUAAGGUUUGUGUCCAGUAAAAUUUCGGGCCAAGGUACAUUACCUAUUCUUGCUUCCGGCUGGCGGAAGUUCCUGUCAAACGAAGUCCUGGUUGUUCGAAGAAAACAUAGUAUCAUAUUCUUAAUAUAUUAAUUGUUUAGGGCACCGUGAUAUGAAUCUCAAGUCACUUUUCUCGCUUUGUAACGCAACUUCUCAACGCGCUGUCAACGCCAGAAGGCAGAGAAAGCGAUUUCUACAUAUCUUUUUUGACGAGAAAUGGGGAAGAAGAAAAAGGACAAAAAGAAAUCCUGUGACAGGGAAAGGUACGUAAGUACUUCCUUGACUGAUUUACCCCUGGCAAGGGUUCAAGCAUAGGGUUUUUCGGCCGAUCAAACAUAACAAUAAUACGCCAGGACAAUAGACAAACCGAUUCAUUGAAAGCGGAAUUUACUGUAUAGGUCCCGAUUGCCUCAUCAACUCAAGCAAGUCACAAGGCGACUAUAAAUCGAGGUUUGUAUUUUUUGACCAGUAACUUAACUCUUAAAAGUACUUAAAUAAUUAGAAUGGACGUCAAAAGUAGAAUACAAAAGUACAAUGAAUUCGCGCGCUUUGUUGCAAAAUAAAUGCUUUCUCGCAAUUUAAUAAAUCUGCUCUAAUUGCAUGGAGUUUUAGGGUUAUCUCGAACUCUGAUGAGAAACCGAGAUCGGUUCACCUACCAAUACUAGUAUUGGGCCGGGAAAGUAAAGGACACAUUCCAUUACUGUAUAAAUGAUAAAUGCUUGUAUGAUAAAUAGUCUGAAAUUACAGUGUAGAAUCAGUGAAAACAAGUGGAACACCAAAGACUCACCUCGGUGAAAUAAAAGUAACAAAGCCUUUAUAGUUUAUUUUCUUCAGUUUUUUUUAAAUAAAAUAAACGGUUUAACUGGUGAAAGGAAUGUUGCAUACUAGGUACAAGUAGCAGAGUCUGCAGGAAUGUAAUAUAUUAUAGCACUCGGCAUGAAUUAAGGGCCAUCAGUUAGGGGCCCACUAUUUGAUUUUUGAGCCGAGGAUGGGUUAUCUUUUUCAUGCAAGAUUUUUUCGAACCUCGUUCGUGCAGUGGCUAUUUUGUUUUGCACAAAAUUUAGAGACUUUAGCGACAAUAUUGAUCUACAAGAAUUUUUUCGGCCCUUUGGGCUAUUCGACCUCGGCUUAUCUAAUGGUUGACCCCGAAAGGUAUCACCACCUUAGAUUUGGAGCCUGAAUUUUUUAGUGGAGAGAGAACACCCGCUCUGAACUACUACGCAUCGCGGCGGCCCAGCUGUCUUUUAGAAUCAAUAGAGAGGCUCUACCAAUCCUCGUUUAUCUUUUGUACCGGUCCUCAAACCCAUUACACACAGACAAAGCUUGGUCCAAAGGCACCGGAAUGGCUUCGAAAGUCGCACGGCAAGAGUAAACCUUAAGGAGGGUAUGGACGAGGAAACGAGCGGGGAGGGAAAGGAGCGAUACAGGAAGGCAUUUCAGAGCUUUGCGAGAGAAUUCGGACGGGGUGUACGACAGCAACGAACAAGAGGGAAGACCAAACAAAGAGCUGGUACACUUCCACUUGCUCUGAGUAUGUUCAGAAGGAAUGCGUCGGCACAUGGAGAGGUCGAUCUGCUGAAAGAGGUUCAAGGGAGUGAAGGACAAACUACAGUUCAAGACGCAGCCGAAGAAUAUGAGAUUAUCUAUUCAAAAGGCGACCUAGUUGCUGUCAAGCACAAUUACAAGAGGUAUAUCAUUCCUUUCUUCCUUGCAGUUCUUUUAAAAGAUCUUUACCAUAACGGUGACGCAUUCCUGGAAGAUCACAUGGGUUUGAGAUAGCUGGAACAGUCAGAGUAAGAUCCAGUUGUAUACCAGACUGGGCACGGUGACGAUAGAAAUUCACCUGAGUGUAUCAUCGGAAAGUUCAAAUAAUAAAAGACGGAAACAAGUUCUGUUUGAGCUGCCUUCAAGAGCAACGCCUAGUUGCAUUGCUCCAGGGGUCAGUUGAAUCAGAUGAUUCACAUGCGUCAGGUGGUGACGAAGAGGAAGGGGUAAGCUCAGGUGCGCACCUUUUCAGAGCCAAUUAGAUUCGAAGCUGGAAGGAGUAGGUCUGGAAGACCUACAACCAGAUGUGUCCUCUGACAAUCUACAAUGGUUAUUAAGCCAGGAAAAGCCGGCAUUAAUGGGCUUGACACAGAAAAGCUGUUUUAAAAACUGUAGAACCUGUGGCUUGCAUCAUUUAAUUUUUCUACUUCAUGUAAAGCGGGUAUUUUGCUAUUGGUAAUUGAUCGUGAUCCUCAAUGUAACACACACAGAGUGAAAGAGGAAAUUCACAUAAGACUACACUCUCAACAUCAACAGGGAUAGCAGAAUAGAAUGUCCAGAAGUUUGGUUGCCCUUAAUCAAGAAACAAAGCAAUAGGAGAUUCGUACGACAGCUCACCAGUGAGACAAAAGCUCAUACAAACAACGGAGUAAGAAAUGCACCAAUAAUCGACCAACCAGAACCGGAGCUUGGAGUCAUAUAAGUUCACGUGUGACCAGUCGACGAAGACUAGCAAGGCAAGGUCUUUAAGUACGCAGUUGAAACGUCGCGAUCUACAUCAUCAAGUGACUGAAUCCUGAAACAAACGAUUACACUUUAUUAACAUCAAUAUUGUAGACCAGUAACACGGCCGGCGUUCGUACGGGACAGGAAUUGGAAAGCUAGAGGAAGACCUUAGUUCAGAAGUACCUUACAAGGACGUUAAUUUAACUGGGGACCAACCAGCGCUAGCUGUGUUUGCUGUUUGACUAAAAGUGUAUUUAUUGGAAUUUUGAAUCUAAUGUUUUCUUGUGAUUGGCUUGUAAACCUCCGGGUGGCCUUGCUCCUAUGAGCAACACUGAAAUUAAACCUUGUAAAUACUCUUGAUGAACGGUACAUCUGAAAAAAUCAAGUUUCCGCCGCAAGAUCUUUCAAGAUGUACGAUACUUGAAUUGAAGUGGACUACUUUUGAUGUAUAAAUUAACAAUAACUUACAUUCUGUAUCUUACUAAAGCUCCCGUUCAAGAAAAUCAGGUUUUAUUAUUUGCAUAGUAUCGCCAAACAUUAUAUUUAAAGUGUUUUAAAUAGAGUAAUGCACAAAAAGGGGUUGACUCAUAUUGAUCUUUAAAGCUCUGAUAGAACCUAUACAACUUGCACUAAAAAUCAAAGUUUAUGUUUUUCUCAUCAGCCCAUUUGAACAUGUUCUAUAUUCUAUAUUUGGAGAUACACAAAGUUGUCUAAGUUAAAAUUUUGUGUAAAACAUGGACGGGAUCAAUUUUUUAUCAGGGCUCAGGGAUCAAAAUUUUGGGGAAAAGGGGGCUCAGGGAUCAAAAUAACGGCAAGAAAAUCGGGAUCAGUGGGUCUCGGAUAUACCAUGUUACGACCCUGCGGUAAAGUUCCUAAAAGCUUACUUAUUAUUCAAAAUAAUGUCUAUUUCAUUUUAUUAUUGACAGGGAUAAAAUGAAAUUGAGAAAGCAACAAAAAGCUGAUGAAGAAGCUGAAAGAAUAAGGUUCGUUUUUCUCUGUUUGUGAUGACAGGUAAUUUAAACAAAUUGAUACUGUAAUUAAGUUCAAUUUAAUAGACCCACGUGCAAUCUAGAUGUAUUGUGUGUCGAGAAACGGUUGCUUUUUUAUUUACGAUUGCAAGAGAUUUGAAUAAAUAAGGGUUUCUUCCUCCUAAGUGUUUCACCUAGUGUGUGUUAUGAACACACAAUUCUUUGUCAAACCCGUUAACUCGUCUUCCCGGUGACGACAGUCCCUCUUUUUCAAAUUCGUGUAAUAAAACUUGUAAAAACUUUUGUAUUAUCGGGGUAGACAUUAAAACACCUGUAUGAGAUGACAUCACUGUGCAAUACAAAAUUGUUGAAUUGCAACUGGGACAGGCGUCAUAUUCAUUGACACACUGUCUCAGAAAUAUGUUCCCUUAAUUGGUAUACGUUUUUAGUUACCCUGAACAGAAAUGUCGUGCAUCCAUCCCUUGUAAGUAGUUAGGUAACUUUUUCUUUGCACGAGAGUUGCGAGUACCCAGUUUUUAAAAAUCCUGGGAGUUCUUAAUCUGUCUGACUGUUGCGCAGCGUUACCAAGCUUAAGGCAAUCCUCAGUGAGGUCUACCGGCCCUUUUCUCUUUGCAAGCAUCUUACUGUAUGCCAGUGGAGCGAUUACCUAAUUUGGAAUAAAAAAACUGCUGCGUUGCAUAACUGUAACGCGAUGCUUUAGUUUUCUCUGUGAAGCAGAGGCCCGGGUAAAUGAUUUGGCGGCAUCCAUGAGAUUUCUCCUCUUUAUCGUCAAUCUUGACCAGUGUCAAAAUAGUUUUCAAACAGUUUUUGUUUCUUCCAGGAGGUAUACAGCUCUCCAUUCAGCUGAAAACCAAGCACAGUACAGUUCACAUAAGAAAAAACAGGUACGCCUAAGGCCAAGUUUUACACUUUCUGUUUUAAAGGUUACCUGUUUUUCAGAUGUCUCUUUUGAUCCUAUGUAAUAUUAGUUACUGAUUACCAGUUGAUGAAGGUUUCAGCGUCCUCGUUCCCUUUUCCCAUUUUACUUUCAGAACCAGGUGUCAUUACCAUGGGUUGAGGAGCAUCCCGAUGUGUUUAACGAUGCUGCAUUCACUAUCACAGCUGCAGACAAACUUGAACCUUCUUCACCCAUAACAGUUUCAGUACCAAUGUCAAGUGACAACAACUAUGAGCAGCUCUGUUCUGCAAGUAAGCCCUCAUUCCAUAGCCUGCGAAUACAACUGUCUAUCCUCGCUCAUCGCCUCUCGGGACAUUUAGUAAAAUGAGUUUUGGAAUAUUUAAUACUGUCGGUUGUGAUAUCAGGCGACCAAAGUCUCUCAUUAGUGCUAAUAGUCAUACACAACGUACAGCCUCCUUCCCUGGUAUUGAGCGUGCAGUUACCUUGCAUGAACAAAGCCUUGCAACCUCAGGAGCUCCCUGAUACGGGGAUAGGUGUUAUCUAUGGAGUCAUUUCUUAAAAAAUAAGCCCCAUUUUCAUUUUUCGAUUUCAAUCGUCCCGGUUCUUUUCCAUUUUUUGCUUAAUUUGUUUUUUAUUUUUAUGGAGCUUAUACGUAAACGACCUGUGUACGAAUUUUUCGAGUUGUUCCUAGUUGACGUUCUUGUACUUUGCAUGUAUUUUUUGCCUGCUUGUUGGAAUCGUGAUAUUUGGGCAGAUUUCUUCGCCUUCACAAGUUAUGCAUGAGGUCCUAUUUCGACCUGACGUUUAUAUUGAUCCACGAACUAAACGGUACAAGCAUCAUAGUAGUUUGAGGUGAAAUUUAAGAUUUUAAGAAGUAUGCCUUUGUACAAUCUAAUAUAUAGAUUUAGCCAGGGCUAAAAGCGAAGCCUCCGUUUCUUUACUCGUAAUAAAAGCAAUCAAAUUAAAGUGAUAACAUGAACUCUAAGCCCCCCCCAAAAAUGAAAUCUUCACAUCCCCAAGAGCCUUCGGCAUCAGGCGCCUUUAGAAGGAGGGGCUAAAUGAUUAAGAAAAAAUAUCCUACAAACAAACCUAAAUUGAAAAAAUUGUUAAAUUGUAGGUCUCUUAAGUAGUAGCAAUUUACAGGUUACGAUUUCUAGGGUCAGUGUUUCUGUGUUUAAGAGAUGACCUAAGAGAAAAAUCAGGUCGACUUAAGGACUUUCGUCUUCCCGUAAGCCCAUUAUAUUUUCUUUUCUUUUUUUUUUAAACGGGCCCGGACGAACAGUUAUGUGUAGCCUUUACAUUUAUACCUCACAAUAUCUGAAAGAAAAUUUUACUGUAAGGUGUAUAAUAUUUUCUCUGAGGACAGACAUAGGAAAGUAAACGAUAACCUUUUUCUCUACUAAUAACACUAAUCCAAUCUUUCACUACAAAUAUAAACGUUAAUACAGCAACUUACAACUUUUUUUUAUAAGAAAAAAAAGACAAACUCGGGCUCGAAAAGCCGGAGAGUCUGUCCGUUUUAGAAUAGAGGAGAACUCUUUCAUUUUUUCGAUAAGCUCACUUUUUCAGUGAGAAUAUAAAGCCGUAAACAAGCAACUGAAAACAAACGCAAACGCAAAAUUCAAGCAGUAUUCAGCUGUAUUCAGGGCACAAGUUAUGGAAAAAGAGCAGCACACUGCAAAAUAGUCAAGUUUCGAGUUCGCUAUGACCGCUGAAUUAAAGAACUGAAGACGCAUUUUUUACAGCCUUACCCUCCAUCUGAAGUAAUAUAUUCACAAAUUCCCACGAGAAAAAGACCUGUUUAUUACUCUAUCUAUUGUGUAUAUUCAAAUUUCAAACACUUACUUGCCGGAAUUUCUGAAUAUUUUACUUCACGUCGAGGCUAACCCUGUAUGAAUGUGUCGUUAAUGUUUAUAUUCAGCGGUAAUUUUUAAUUCGAAACUAGAUUAUUCUUGAAUGGCAAGUAAUGAAUGAGAAAAUGAAUAGCAAUUCAAUGCGGAAGAUGUACAAACUAAAAAACAACACUUCAGUUUUAAUUCAAGAAAGGGCCCGUCUGAAUGUUUCUAAAAAUCUUACGAUCUGUAGUCUCAUGGUCGUUUUUUGAGCUAAUGUUAUGAAUGAACAAUGACAGAUAAAUAACUUAAUUUCUUGAAAAUUUUUAUUGAAAAACCCAUACGUUAGUCCUAAAAAGCAAUUCGCGUAAGACAAGUUAAAUCGUUGCGUUCACGCAAGUUAAAUCGGUCGAGCACAUGGAAAAAAUCAAUUCAAAUGCACAUUUUGUGGUUUUUCUUUCACGCCGAUGUCAAAAUGUAGAAAACGUCCAUGAAACCUUUAUAAAUACAAAAAUUCCCUUUUAAAAACGUACUUUUCUUUGAUCAUAGAGUACGGAAUGUACCUCAAGUGUCUUCAGAAACCUCUUUGCCUUGGUUGGUUCAAAACAAGCCAAGCGCUCCGAUCCGCCGUGUAGAAAACAAGGUCGGAUCCCUCGAAAGACAAUUUCAGAGCGAAAAGCUCUCGUUUGUCCACAAAAAGGAAACUGAGCAUUCUUUUGAACGUUCUCAUCUGUUCUCUUUCCAUUUGUGUCUUUUAUGGGCGUAUUUUCAAUCUUGAAAUGGAAAACUUUAGUCUUGAAACCCACCACAUCAUGAACGCGCGCCAGCCAUUCUGUGCAUGGAUGACAUUUACAAAGGUGUCAAAUCCGUUUCUUCCCUCAGGCCCGGUUCAGACGCCGUACUUUUCAUGAGCCGAACCUAACUCGAAUUAAGACCGACCCAAAUUAUUUGAACCGACUGAAUUGAUUCAGACGCCGAUCUUAAUUCCAGCCGACUAAAUUCAGGAGGAGAAAUAUGCUCAUUUCGGUCAAACUGCUUAGAAAAAAAGUUAUAAUAAUUUAUGCAUUAGGUUAGGUACGUGAAAAGUUCGGCGUCUGAAUCAAAGCCGUUCCAAAGUCGUUCCAAAGGCGAAAUUCCCGGCCAGGCUAGGCGAAAAGAACGGCUGAGCCAGGCGUUCCUAAUUGAUUCAGACGCCGAACUUUUCAUGUACUUAAUUCAAUGCAUUAGGUUCGGCUCAUGAAAAGUUCGGCGUCUGAACCGGGCCUCACCCCCUAAAUGGUUGACAUGACCAUUGGACGUUUGUGGGGGAGUGGGGUAUGGGUGAUUUUACUGAUAUAGUCUCUGGAGUUAGAAAUUUUUUCUCCGACAUAUAACGGUGUAAGAUUUUUUUCAGCAUUGUCCGUCAUGAACGAUAUUUUUUUUCAGUUCAGGAUAUUUUUCUCACCAGGAAUUUAUUUGCGUGCUUUCAUCCUCUCGAAAUCAGUCUGCAGGACAUUUUUUCCGAAAUCACCCAUAACCGCCUCAGAAGUUAAAUGGUCGGCCCCCUAAAAUCCACCAAACAUUUGGUCAGUUGACAGAUUCUGAUUUGCCAAUUAUUUCUAAAGGCUUUUGGAACAAUAGGGGACAAAACUCUCUAGGGGAGAAGGAAGGAAUUCGUUUCUACUUACCCCUACCCGGAAAGUCCGUACGGACAGAUAGCUUACCAAAUUUUAUUACGCAUGGUGCUCCGCUGUGCGCGCUUCGCGCGCGCGGAGGCUCCGCUAUAAACACUGAGACUGCUUAGGGCCCUCACUGGCGAGGACCAGUGAUUUUGUGAGCAGUUUAAAAUGAUUUGUGAUCAAGUUAAAUUCAUUUCAGGUGAAGAUUCUUUGGCUUUAACGAAUGUGACAGAAAUUCCUGAUGAUGCAGACUUAGCAGAAACGUUUUACUCCCAGUUUGAAGAUGAGUUUGAAAAUGAUGACAGUGAAAACGAAGUUGAGCCGGAUGAAGAUGAUUUGAGUGCACUAAUGGGACAAAUGCAGGAUGCAUUGGAUCAGACAUCAUCUGCUGAUGAUACAUUUGCUGAAGCUGAAUUAUCAAACCCGAGUGAACUUACAGACUCAUUGAGACAUCAGAGAAUUCAAGCCUUACGGACGUAUCCUUUUGAGAAUAGCAGCUAUUGUAGUGAAGACAGAAAAAAUUAAGAGAUUCGGAACACGCUCUAUACUGUUCAUUUGCCGCUGAUGUAAGCAAUUUCCCCAGUUCGAUUUACAAAUAUUAAACUUCACAGAAAAGGACAAUUUACUUGUUCAGUGGUCUUGUUUUGAUUGACAACAUAAUUACAUUACUUUCUACAGUUCAAUUUUUGAUGAUAUUAUCAUAUCUCAAAACCAGUUAAAAACCAGGUUCCGCGAAUUCGGGGAAAAUUUUGGCGGCGGAGGCGCCUAUUGUUGUCGCCGGCGUUGCUUGCUCGUGCCGCCAGAAUUCUCCACGAACUUGCCUGCUCGCAAGCCAAAGCACUACCUAACUAAACUUAGUUUCAUGUUUCUUUUGUUGAUAAUUUUUCCAGUGUUACUCAGGUUAAGAGCAGGAAACCAAAUCCUUAAUUCACAGUUAGCGAGUGUGAACGACUGCUUGGUGUUGAAGCGUUUCAUCGGGUGUACUCUUACCUGAAAAAAGCUCGCUUUGGAGACGAGAUUAGCAAUGAAGAUUCCAUUCUGGAUGGCCUGGCAAAAAUUGUAGAUAAACCAGGAGACUGCUUCUUAGUGGACCAACUUCUAUUUAUGGAAAAACAGGCUGAAAUUGCCUCAAUGACGUAACACGUAGAUAUGUUAUUUGAAAUUCGUGAAAAAGGGAAUGGAAUUCUAGCGGCGAUUGCUUGUCGAAACUAUGUUUUUAUCACAGAGCACAGAAUUACCUGAAUUGACCAACAAUGACAUUGUUUGUUAAUCGAUGAGAGGCCAUAGUUGCCUGCAGUGUACAGCCGCCCCCGCCUUCAAAAAAUUCUGGGAGAAGGCGCGCGGCUGUGCACAAGCCACUAGGGUUACGGUCGUGUCAAAUAUUUAUUUUUGUACCUUCAAUUUCAGGUCUGUAUGUUUGCGAUUUUUUUUCGUGGAAAAAA